UGUCCAUUGAGGCCGGCGGAUACUUCAGCAGUUCUGCGUACCAUUGGAUACACCCCGCACGACAUAUUUUUGGCAUCCGGAAGUACGGAUGCGCAUACACCAACAUUCGGGAGCUUUCGAUCGAACUGAACCCUCUGACGAGUAUGAAACAAGCUGAGAACUCUCUUACACCACCUCUUAUCAUCGUUAUCGCAUACCACAGAGACGUAGGAGUUCAAUUGAAAUGCCCAAUUAUGACACUCUGCAAUUCGUCUUCCCGCAUGGUCCUGCCCCGCUACCCGCCCAUGCUCCCGAGAACUUCACUGCGCAACAGAAUGAGGCCUAUGUCGGUGCUCAAGCCAUUGAAUCUCUUUCCGAAUGGUCUGUCAUGUCGUCAGGAUCUAUGACACCACGGGUGGCGGGGAGACUUCUGGGCUAUAUGCUACUUGAGGCGCCGACAGUGGAAGGAAGAGACAACGUUACAUUCGAAAUUGUGUCGUGCGCUGGAGAUGAAGCACGACUGAAGCAACUGACUCAGCUCUAUGCAGAAGUAUACAUCCGGACCUUCAAGGCGAAUGAUGGAAGAACCCCUAAUUUUAUGGACGAGUCAUCAUCUGGGGAUGAAAAAGAGGACGUCUCUCCUAGCCUAGCCCACUGGGAAACAAGGCGAAAUGCUUCGAACCGUGACCGACAUCAAUGCGUAUUGUCUCGCUGCUACGAUUUUGAGUACAUGUACGAUCUCUACCGCAUGGCUCCUGGACAUCCUCUGCUCAGUGGUCCAGCUCUGUGUGACACUGUCCAUGAGGCCCGCAUCAUACCCAUCGGACGAAAUGCCAACAUUGUUGGCGGCACACCACAAGACAAGCUUGAAAAUCCGACGAGGGUACCUGCGAUUUUAUCGAGAUUUGGAAAGACAGAUAUCUUCAAGAAGCUCGACGUUGGCGACUUGAAUCAUAUGAGUAACAUGAUGACUCUAACUACUCUACUCCAUUGGUCCUUUGAUGCGCUUCAUAUCUGUCUCGUGGCCGUAGAGGGACAGCCUAAUACGUAUAGGAUCGAGGCUCUCCUCCCAGGCGUGCUGAGAACCAUACCUGAAAAUCCUGUCACCUUUACAACCUCCGACGAACAAAAUCUUCCUCUUCCCAGUCCUGUGCUUCUCGCCCUUCACCGAGCAUGUGUGCGGGUUGCACAUUUCUCAGGUGCUGGUGCAUAUGUCAGUGAUUUGUUGUCCGAUGAUGACGAAUAAUAAGAAAUGGCCGGUCUGGUUGACAGACAGGGUGUAAUAUUGCAAGCAAGACACUGCUCUGUCCUAGGCUCUAGCUAAUGAGUCAGACUCCACCACCCCUUGUAGCGAUCAUUGUCAGGUCCCGGCCCGGCCCGGCUUGAGGAGGCUCAGGCUUCUAAAAUCGCAAGCCCAAGUCUUGAGCCCAAGCCCGCUCAGGCUCAGGCUCGGCUCGGCUCGGCUUAGGGCUUUGAGCCCGGCCCUGUCAAUCGCUACCCUCUUCUAAGUACUCCCUUGCGGAGAGUUGUAAGCCGCCGCCCUCUUCG